CUGCUGCACAAAACUGAACCGGGACCUACAACAAAAUAGUAUUUUCACUGUUUUGGUACACUUUCCCCGCCGCAACCCCAACAACAGUCUUGUCUUGUCAAAUCCACAAGAAACAUACUAUUUUUGUUGUUUGAAAUGGCUAACAGUGAGGAUGAAAUGGAUGAGGAUGAAACCGAGUGGAAGAACAGUUUUGUAGAUUCAGUCCCACUCAGCCCCGCUGCAGCUUCUGGCGUCAAUAAGACAUCAGGACCUGCACACAAAGUCAUUCUGCAUUUUGACCUGGACUGCUUCUAUGCUCAGGUGGAAAUGAUCAGAAACCCUGCACUGAGAGAGGUCCCUUUAGGUAUUCAGCAGAAAUACAUCAUAGUCACCUGUAACUAUGUGGCAAGAGAUCAGGGUGUCGGCAAGCUGAUGUCUGUGACUGAUGCUAAGGAGAAAUGUCCUCAGAUGGUGCUGGUUAAAGGAGAAGACCUGACACACUACAGAGAAAUGUCCUAUAAACUGACAGAGUUGCUCUUGUCCUACUGUCCACUGGUAGAGAGGCUUGGAUUCGAUGAAAACUUUGUGGACAUCACACAGAUGGUAGAAAGAAGGCUAAAAGAGACACAGGAGUCAAACAACUUUUCAUUUAAAGGACACAUCUACAACCCUUACAGUGCAGAUGUUGAAGCCAGCGAUCACCCAAGGUUGGCUUUAGGUUCACACAUUGCAGCAGAGCUGAGGGAAGCCAUGCACAGCAAACUAGGCCUGACCGGCUGCGCUGGCAUCGCCACGAACAAGCUACUGGCCAAAUUGGUGUCGGGCACCUUCAAACCCAAUCAGCAAACCACCCUGCUGCCGGAAAACGUUGGCGACAUUAUGGACUCCCUGAGCGGUCUCCGCAAAGUACCGGGGGUGGGUCACCAAACUGCUAAGAGACUUAAAGCCCUGGGAUUGGUCAGUGUGAAAGACCUUCAGCUCUUCCCAUUGAAUGACUUGGUGAGAGAGUUUGGAGGUCCCAGUGCUCAGCGCUUGAAGAAUCUGGCCGUCGGUGUUGAUGAGUCUCCUGUCGCCCCUACAGGGGCACCUCAGUCUCUCAGUGACGAAGACUCCUUCAAGAAAAUUUCAUCAACUAAAGAGGUUUUGGAAAAGAUUGAAGAACUCCUGAUCAGUCUGGUGGAGAGGAUGCACAAAGAUGGCAGGCAGCCUCAAACCUUCCGGCUGACCAUCCGUAGAUACUCGCCGACCAACAAGUGGUUCAGUCGGGAGAGCCGGCAGUGUCCGAUCCCCAACCACAUAGGACAGAAGAUCACCUCCGACAGCGGUGAUGAUGCUGUGGGCCUGCUGGUCCCGCUGGCCAUGAAGCUCUACCACAAGAUGGUGGCCAUCGGCGACGCCUUCCACCUCACCCUCAUUAACGUUUGCUUCAGUAACCUGCAGACCAGGGGAGCUGCCGUCAGCGGAAAGGGCUCCAUAACAUCUUUCUUCACACUCGGCACGUGUCCCAGAAAAACACAAAUCUUCUCACAACAAAGCCAGGUAGCACAGGAUGCCUCCUCUCAGAGUGUGGAUACUCACUGUAUGGAUCUUCAGGUCAGCACACGCAGCGUGAUUACUCAACAUACCUCACUAACGGCAGUAACCACAAAAAGCCCUCGCAGCUCUGAGGCAGCGUUACAUUGCUUUAAAAGAAAACAGAGCCCUGUUGUUGCUGCAGAAGACCCGUCGCCUCAGACAAGGUCAGACCCUGAAGAAACAAAUGUCAUGGUGACACAUCGAUUGCCCCCAAAUGUUGACCCAGAAGUGUUCCGGCUUCUCCCUGAGGAAAUCCAGAAGGAGCUGUCAUCUCCAGCGUACACAAACUCUCUCCCCAGCACUUCAGCGAGCUCAUCUGCAGUCGUUGAUGUCCCCCACAUAAGACAAAUCAAGUCUCCACAGUCGUUUACUGACUCGCAAAAUAUUAAAAACAUAAGAGAGGCUGUAAACAGAUUAGCUCCAUCUGAUAGGCCGACUACCGUGAAUCGCCACAGGCCUGCAGGCACAAGUGAAUUUCCCGGAGAAAAUGUCAUCGAAGAAGGGAGAAUGUCAUUCCCCCGGUCUUCUGACUGUGAGUUCCCGGGAGAUGUGGACCCUAAGGUGUUUUCUGAGCUUCCGCCGGACGUUCAGAGGGAGUUGAUGUCUGAAUGGAAGCAACAGAAGCCGGUCCUGAAGACGCCCUCAUCCAGGAAACCUGAGAGAAGCUCGAUGGCCAAAGACAGAAAAGCUGCUGGGAAAGGCAGUCAGGCAAACAAUCUGUUCAAGUAUUUCAAACCCGGUUAGAGACGGACAAGUUACCUCUGCUAAAGGUAACUUGAAACAAAUGCUUUGCUAAAGGUAACUUGUGGCAGGACAAACUCAUAUUUUGUUAUUUUUCUAUUAAUAAAAAUCUUUUCUGUUGUU